AUGACAAAAGCCGACGAAGCUAGAAGCGUUCAAAGCACAAUUCUGGAAAAGUUAUCUCGUAUAGAAGACUACCUACAAAGGUUUAAUACGCAAAAUGACAAUAUCAGCCGUUUAAAAGCGCGUCGAAACAUUCUUGAAAGUCUCAGGGUAGAAUUUGAAGAAAACCAGUAUGAGCUAGAAAAAUUAGACUCUAAAACAGAAGAAUCUAAAGCGCAACACCGUAGCGUUCGAAUUAAUUUCGAAAAUAAAUAUUGUGAUCUUAUGGGGGAAAUAAUCGAGAUUAUUGAGAAAAGCGAAAGCUCAAAUUCGUAUCAGUCUUCGACGUCCACUUUGCAGACGAAUCAAAACAAUAAAGAAUGUAUUCUAAAUUUACCGGCGUUAAACUUAAAAACAUUUUCAGGUAGUUACAAAGACUGGACAAACUUUGAAAAUUGUUUCAAAUCCGUAAUAGACGAGAAUAAAUCAUUAAAUCAUAGACAAAAGCUUCAAUAUUUAAAAUCGUGCCUACGCGAAGAAGCCCUAAGAGCGAUUGAAUCCUUAUCCAUUAGCGAUGAAAAUUAUUCUAAAUCGUGGGAAAUUCUAGAAAAACGGUUCAAAAACACUAGAUUAAUCGUUCAGGAUCACGUUAUGUCAAUUUUAAAUACUCCGCUAUUACUCAAAUCUUCCCCGGCCGCACUUCGUGAAUUACUAGACAACGUCAUUACUAAUAUGGCUGCCUUAAAAACAUUAAAAAUUCCAGUAGAAUCUUGGGACGCGUUAGUAAUUCCGAUAAUCGCGGAAAAAUUAGAUUUUAAUUCAAAACGGGAAUGGCAAACGUCCUUAGAUACCAGGGUUCCUACUUACGAACAAUUUAUAAGUUUCCUAGAAAAGCGUGUUACGGUUUUAGAAGCUCUAAACAGUUGCGGAAAUUCGGGCAAUCAAAAUAAUACUCAUUCGAAGAGCAAUCAAAUUACAAAACGCACUACAACACAUUUAGCGACUACCAAACCAAAACGAAGCUCCUGUUCAUAUUGUAAGUCUAAUGAACAUAUGAUUCAUCAAUGCCCUGAGUUUAUUAAUCUAUCAGUACAAAGUAGACUUGAAAAGGUCAAGCUUAUAAAACUGUGCAUCAAUUGUUUGAGAAAUAAUCAUUUUGUCGAAAAUUGCAGAGUAACCACUAAAUGCCGCAAUUGUAAUAAAAAACAUCAUUCGUUACUCCACGUUGACACCUCAAGUCAACAGGGUAAUACAACUACGCUUAAUAAUGUCUCAACGCACGCUAACCACUCUACCUAUUCAAAUCAAUCUAAUACAGUAUUGUUAGCUACAGCGAUAGUACUAAUCAAAAAUUCAAAAAAUCAAAAUCAGCCACGCAGAAUAUUCCUAGAUCCGGGAUCAAUGUCGAAUUGUAUCACGAAAAAGGCGUGCAAGGAAUUAGGUUUACGGAGCUUUAAAGAAAAUUUUGAAAUUAAAGGCGUAAAUGGUACCACCAGUAAUACGACUCAAGCGGUGUUCAUCAAUAUAAAGUCCCGUUAUAAUGCUUAUUCAGCCGGAAAUGUAAAAUGCAUUGUCGUUGACAAAAUUACGGAAAGUUUGCCGCUGGUACCAUUAAACCCAGACGAUUUGGAAAUUCCGAAAGAUGUGCAAUUGGCGGACCCUCAUUUCUAUGAAAGCUCCAAGGUAGACGUACUAAUAGGCGGCGGGCUCUUCUGGUCAUUGUUAUGCGUAGGCCAAUUCUCUCUACCUACUGGAUUAGUGUUUCAAAAAACCCAUUUCGGUUUUAUUGCGGGCGGCCCGUACUGUAGUAAAUCUAAUGCACAUCCUGCAAUAAAUCGUCAUAAUACUUCCGCAAUAAAUACGGCUUAUUGUAAUCUGGCUGUAACCGCUCAAGAUUCAAUGGAAGAACGAGUUGCUAAAUUUUUUGAAGUCGAGGGCGGUAGCACAGGUUUUCAUGAUAAGCAAACCCUAUCUGAUGAAGAGCUGAAAUGUGAAAAACAUUUCAAAACAACAACAAUACGCGAUACAAAGGGCCGUUUCAUAAUUAAACUCCCGACAAAGGGUAAUAACAUAAACGUGGGGGAGUCAAAAAAAUUAGCAAUGAAGCGUUUUUUUAGUCUCGAGAAAAAAUUUGCUAAGGACGAAAAUCUUAAGACGGCCUAUUCAAAAUUUAUGCAUGAAUAUCUCGCGCUAGGGCAUAUGCAGUUGACGUCGAAUAAUCCAAAGACUAACACAUUAUACUUACCUCAUCAUGCGGUACAUAAAGAGUCCAGCACCACCACCAAAUUAAGAGUCGUUUUUGACGCUUCCGCAACGACUGCAAACGGAACAAGUCUAAAUGAUAAUCUUAUGCGCGGUCCAGUUAUUCAACGUGAUCUAUUCUCGAUAAUCUUACAAUUCCGAACUUUUCGAUUUGCAUUAAACGCGGAUAUUGCAAAAAUGUACCGCCAAAUUCGCGUUAACGAUGAAGAUGCUAAUUACCAAUUAAUCCUAUGGCGCGACGACCCUAAUAAACCGUUACAAACCUAUAAGUUGUUAACAUUAACAUAUGGUACCAAGCCUGCAAGUUUUAUAGCGACGCGAUGUUUAGCGGAAUUAGCAACAAUCAACGAAGAAAAGUUUCCCACUGCCUGUCGCGUAAUAAAAAACAAUUUUUACAUGGACGACCUGCUAACAGGUGCCGACUCGAUUCCUGAAUUAAUUCAAAUACGAGACCAGGUAAUUAAUAUUCUAAAACAAGGGCAGUUCGAGAUAAGAAAAUUUCACUCGAACGACGAUUCAAUUUUGCCUAAUUGUGAGGGCAAUAAUUCAAGAGGUCAGGUAGAUUUAAAUAAAAAUGAACAAACGAAAAUCUUAGGUUUAUCUUGGGAAUCCAAAUACGACACGCUGGGAUAUGAUUUUUGUUUAGGAAACACACCCAAAAGGGUAACGAAGCGCGUAAUCCUAUCACUCUCGUCUCAAAUUUUUGAUCCGCUGGGUCUCAUCGGCCCGGUAAUAAUGAAGGCUAAGAUCAUUUUACAACAGUUAUGGUCGUUAAAAUUGGGAUGGGACGAAUCGGUACCAUUAUCCAUACAUAGCGCAUGGACAACGUUUUUGGCCGAAUUACACAAUUUAAAGAACAUAAAAAUCCCACGUAAAACUAUAUCGGACUCGCUCGUGAUAAGCGCGGAACUCCACGGCUUUUCGGACGCAUCCCAACAGGGCUAUGGAGCAGCCGUCUAUCUGAGGGUGCUGAAUGAAUUUGGUGCGUACGAAAUAAAACUCAUGUGUGCGAGAUCGCGCGUCGCGCCCUUGAAGACGAUGACCAUACCGCGACUCGAGUUAUGCGGAGCGUUGCUGCUGGCGCAGCUAAUGUCGAAAGUACGGCAAAACAUUUCUAUCAAAAUCAUUAGAGAAAUCUUCUGGACUGACUCGAGCAUCGUACUGGCAUGGAUCCACACUCCCGCGAAUUCGUUAAACAUUUUUGUAGGAAAUCGCAUUUCGGAAAUCACUGCUCUGACAAAGCCAACCGCUUGGCGCCAUAUUAACUCCGAGAACAAUGCGGCAGAUAUCCUAAGUAGAGGCGCAUACCCAUCAGAAAUCAUCCAAAAUUCAAUCUGGUUCAGCGGACCAGAAUUUCUAAAACUCCCUGAAGAUCAAUGGCCACGAUCUCACUUAAAUGUUAAUCACGAUAAUGUACCAGAGAAAAAGGAUCCGGUGAUCGUAUGCAGCGCAGGUACGAUAUCAGAGGCAUUGUUGCACCAAUACUCCACCUUCAAUAAAUUGCAAAGAGUCAUGGCGUGGAUUCUUAGAUUCGUUAAUAAUUGCAAAAAUACUAACAAAAUACGUAAUUCCAAUCUCUCUACUAAAGAGCUUAACGAAGCACUAUUUGGCAUAAUCCGCAUAGUCCAACAGGUAGAAUUUACCGGUGAUUGGAAUAAUCUAAACCAAAAUAAGGCGCUCUCGAAUAACUCUAAAAUACUUUCAUUAAAUCCAUUUAUGGAUGAAAACAAACUCAUACGGGUUGGGGGCAGGCUGAAAAACUCAGCACUCGAUAGAGACGUAAAACACCCUAUUUUAUUGCCCAAAAAUAGCGUGGUCACUAAGUUACUAGUAAGACAAGAGCAUGAACGCCUUCUUCAUGCCGGCCCCCAGGCCACCUUGGCGUCCAUCCGCCAACGUUUUUGGAUCAUUUCCGCAAGAAGUGUCAUUCGACAAAUACUUCACAAAUGCCAUCCGUGUUUUAAAAUUAAUCCGACACGCCCAAAGUUCAAAAUGGGAGAUCUUCCCGCGCCCAGAGUGCAACCGGCGCGACCAUUCUUAACGUCAGGAGUAGAUUAUGCGGGACCAAUCCUAAUUAAAGAAUCGCGAGGACGAGGUAAACGUUUAAUAAAGGCCUACAUCGUACUAUUCAUCUGUUUCGCGACAAAGGCGGUGCAUAUUGAAAUAGUUAGCGACUUAUCCAAAGACGAAUUUCUUGCUGCGUUACGUCGGUUCAUGAGCAGACGUGGCCACCCUCGCGAUAUUCAUAGCGACAACGGCACUAACUUCAUCGGCGCAAAAAAUGAAUUGAGGGAGAUAGCUGAAUUUUUGCGAAAACACGAGGGUCAAAUCAGCCGUGAACUCUCAAAUAUCAAUGUCAAUUGGCAUCUAAUUCCACCGAAAUCUCCCCACAUGGGAGGACUCUGGGAGGCGAAUAUAAAGAGUAUGAAGAAGCACUUAAAAAAAACGGUCGGUAAUUCUCAUUUAACAAUGAAUGAAAUGUACACACUACUCGUACGUAUCGAGGCUUGUUUAAAUUCGAGACCGCUCAUACCCUUAACCAAUGACCCUAACGACCUCCAAGUCCUUACUCCCGGCCAUUUCCUGAUUGGAGAGCCACUAACCGCGCUUCCAGAGUACGACCUCCAGGAAAUCCCACUCAAUCGGCUGUCCAGGUGGCAGCUAGUGGAGAGGCUUCGAAAUCAUUAUUGGACCCGGUGGACACGGGAAUAUUUGACGACUUUACAGAGCCGCGGCAAGUGGUUCCAGAACAAUAAUAAUCCGGAUCUAGUAGGAUCUAUGGUGGUCCUUGUGGAAGACAACCUCCCUCCCCUAUCCUGGAGGAUGGGGCGAAUAUGCGACGUGCACCCAGGAGACGAUGGCCAGAUACGAGUCGUCAGUGUAAAAACGACCAACGGGAUCGUCCAACGUACUGUGAAGAAAGUGUGCUUGCUUCCGACAGAAAAUAUCAGUGACGCGCAGUGA